GGGAGGGCGGUGGGCGGUGCGGGUGGGCGAGCGCGGGCGGGGGCCGGGCUGGCACAGCUCGGCGGCUGCGGGCGCCCAGCCGGGGGCGAGGAAACGCGGAGUCAGCUGCUCCCGGAGCCCCGCAGGCUGCAAUGUGACACCCACAGCCGCGGGAGGGGGUGGGGGAAGGCGGCGCCCGGAGACUGGGACAGGGGAGACCGAGAGACAGGGAGCGAUGGGGACGCAAGGGAAGGCGCGAGAGGCGCGGCGAUUCGGAGUACUCCGGAGUGCUCCGCCGAGACUGGGGAUCGGGAGUAACCGGGAGGAAGGAGACGGAGAGGGUUGUAGAGGGUGCCAGAGAGAGGCCGAGAAGCGAGUUAGAGAACGGAGCGCUGGAGAGACAAACUUGAGAGAGGCAGGAGAGAUGGUAGACACUGGGAGAGGUGGAGUUUAAAAGGGACAGGGAAAGGUGGAGAGAGGCCGUCUGAGCCUGAAAAGAGGACACAAAGUGGUGGACCCUUCCGAGAGACUCCCUAAGAUAUAAAGUAGAGGAGACAGACACAGAGGUGCUCAAGGAGUUAGAAAGAGCAACGGAGGAGGGCACGGAGUUCCCAGAAUUCAGAGAGGGAGAGACUCGGGGACAAGGAAACAGCCCCGGAGCUGGAGCCGGAGAGGCGCAGCAUUAGCUGGUGAGCGCUGGGCCUUGGGAAGGGGGUGGCAGGUAAGAAUAUGGAGGAGGCGUGCAAGGGGACUGGAAUCCAGCGGGGGUGCAAAGUCCCUGAGGCUGCAAAGAGCUCAGUGAAUUUCAGGAAGCUGCUAAGAGGUGGGAGAGGGGUCUGGAGCUGAGGAGCCUGGGGACAGAGGGGCCAGGGGCCAGAGAAGCUGGGUAGAGGGUGGGUGGCCAGAGAGCUGGGCUGGAGUGUGCGGCUGCCCCGGUUCCAGCGCCCACCCGCCCCUCUGAGGUUUUGCCUUCUCCCAACCCAUUCCCUGGGGCUGGCUGGUUUUGCAGAGCCGUCAUGGGGGGAAAUGACUCCGCCACGUUGAACUUCUAACACAUCUGGAAUUCUAGUCCCAGCACCUAAAUGCUGCAGUACCGUGGGCAAGGGGACUUCUUAAGAAGGGGUACAUGUGUAUCUACUUGGGUACGGAGCAAAGACUCUGAGUGACUGCCCACAGUGACAGCCCUAUGUUGUUUGGCGGGGAGGGGCUUCCUGCGUGGCAGGCCCCCGGCUGGGGCCUUACUUCACUUGUGGAAUCUGCCCAGCAACCCCUGGAAGCAGAGAUGGCCGUUUCCCUCACCUCACAGAGGGAAACUGAGGCCAGAGGUGAGGAGGGACUUGCCAAGGACACACAGCAAGUGGCAGGGGCAGGCUGAACGUCUGGUUCUGUCCGUUUGUAAACAUUGUUGAGGGGAAACAGAUGGUUUCUGAGAGGGCCGAGAGCCAAUGGCCAGGAAGCCUGGCAUUGCCCGGGGUGCUGGGCGCCCCUGCUCCACCUGAGCCUGCUGUCCCUGCAGUGUCCUCAGCCUGGGGGGGCUGCGUGGAGGUGGACUCAGAGACCGAGGCCGUGUACGGGAUGACCUUCAAAAUUCUGUGCAUCUCCUGCAAGCGCCGCAGCGAGACCACCGCCGAGACCUUCACAGAGUGGACCUUCCGCCAGAAGGGCACGGAGGAGUUUGUCAAGAUCCUGCGCUAUGAGAACGAGGUGCUGCAGCUGGAGGAGGAUGAGCGUUUCGAGGGCCGCGUGGUAUGGAACGGCAGCCGGGGCACCAAGGACCUGCAGGACCUGUCCAUCUUCAUCACCAACGUCACCUACAACCACUCCGGCGACUACGAGUGCCACGUCUACCGCCUGCUCUUCUUUGAGAACUAUGAGCACAACACCAGCGUCGUCAAAAAGAUCCACCUUGAGGUGGUGGACAAAGCCAACAGAGACAUGGCGUCCAUCGUGUCGGAGAUCAUGAUGUAUGUGCUCAUUGUGGUGUUGACCAUAUGGCUCGUGGCAGAGAUGGUUUACUGCUACAAGAAGGUCGCCGCAGCCACGGAGGCCGCCGCACAAGAGAAUGCCUCGGAAUACCUGGCCAUCACCUCAGAAAGCAAAGAGAACUGUACGGGUGUCCAGGUGGCUGAAUAGCCCCGGUAAGGCCCUGGGCUCCACCUCAAGGAAGAGCCAGCCCUAAUGGGGAACAUCUGGGCACAGCCUGCCCCCAGGGGGGGUUGGCCAUUCCUGGGCCUCCACGAGCCUCAGAGUCCUGCCAACGGAGCUGCCAGGGUGGGAGGGGGCAGAGGGCUUGGCUCACACCCCCGAUCCAGCCCACUUCCUCCUGCCCCAUCGCCCACCCACGCCAUGCAUGAUGGGUAAAGCAAUACUGCCGCUGCCCCCACCCCUGCUUCUGCUGCCUGUUUAGGAGGGGGGGCGGUGAGGUGGGGGCAGCGGCUCCGCACCCCUCCUUCUUGCUGAUUUGCACACACUGGCCGCUUCAGAUGCACACUACUGGGGCCCAGCCCCUCCCUGCCCCCCUCCUCCGCCCAGCGUGGGGGGGGUGGUUCGUGAUGGGCAGGCACAGUUUGGGGCAGGGGGUUCUGGACCCACUCCGACCCAACCCCCAGAGACAUUUCCCCUCCUUCCUCUGGCUGGACCUGGGGUCCCCUCUCCCUGUGAUGCACUCUUGCCCCAGCCCAACCCUGCCCUCUCUCACCAGCCUUGGACUGUGGCCACUUAGAAAGGCCCAUUCAGCCUCUUCUCUCUUCACACGAGUAGUUUUGUUCAUGAAAUAAAGAUUCUUGGACUUGA